GGCCUUAUAAGUUUUUGUCUGUUCAAAAAACAAGCCGGUCAAAAAAAUCUACCUUUCUUAAAACCUUGGUCUUAGUCAAUAAAUGAGAGCUUCCUCCGUUGAAAUUUAAGCCACUGGGAAAUUGUACUUGCAAAUUGAGUGGUCGGUCCAGAUAAAAUUAAGAAGAAGGAACAAAAACGAAAAGUCUUCUUUUUGUAUCUUGCUACCUUACAUUUUAAGAGUUGAUUGGUCUUGUGGGGAUCAAACUCACCAUUAGUCUUGAGAAAUCUCUUCUCUACGGAUAUGUUUGGUGAAUCUCUCUCAACUUUUGCAUUUCGCUUUACUAUCUCUCUCUCUUUACCUUUCUUUAACAUAAAGCAAAUGGAUGAGAGGGUUGGUGAAAUCUGAAAGGAAUCCAAUUUCGUUGGAGUUUGUUGUAUUAUAUAAGCCCAGUGUCUAAUCUUUUUUGACCUAUUUGUUGAAAAUUAAGGUGUAAAGUUUCCUACUUGAAGCUGUGACAUUUGAUCAAAACUUUAUGGAUUUCAAUCGAAAAGCUCAUCCGGAUUGUGUAUAUGCGGACAAUCCUUUCCAUGAGUGUGCUUCUGCUUGUUUAGAGAGAAUUGCUCAAGGCCAUGUGAAGAAGAACACUAAGAAGCAAGGUUCAAAGAUUCUUAGCUUCUCAGGGAGUUUCGGUAGGAAAAAGAAGGAACCGCAUUCGCAUUCACAACCGCUUUCACCGCUAUCUACAAGGCCUUAUCAAAACGGUGGUGGCGGUUUUACAAAUGCUAAUUCUCCGAAGGUUCAUCAUUCCGUAGCUCCAGCCGUUGCUGUGAAGAACAAGACGGUUUCUGACUCGAACAAGUCUUUCUCCUCUUCGUCAUCCGGUGAUCCAGAUGAUUUCUUUAAGCAUAAACCGGAGAAGAAACUCUCUCAAGUCACUCCUUUUUCCCACAACAAUUUGGUUGAUCGAGGCACAGCGGUAUCACCUAAACCGGGAAAACAAGAACACAACGGGAAGACUGAAGCAGGCGGCGAAACUACGCUAUACAAUUUCCUUAGCUCUCCAAUACCGCAUGGGAAACAGAGCAGUGAUGAUUACAGUGACGAUGACGAUGAAGAAGAGGAAAACAACAACGAGAUUGGAGUAGAGCUCGAUCUUGAAUCGGUAAUGUCUGACACUUUCGUCUCUGUCGGAAAAUACAGAGUGAGAUCGGGCUCGUCCACAAUCCUCAGCGGCAUCAUCGAGAAACACGGAGACAUUGCUCAAAACUGUAAGCUGGAAUCGGACUCAAUGCGGUCCCGUUACCUCGAGUGUCUAUGCUCACUGAUGCAGGAACUCAGGUCAACCCCGGUCGGGCAGUUGACCAAAGUCAAAGUCAAAGAGAUGCUCGCUGUUCUCAAAGACUUGGAGUCUGUGAAUAUCGAAGUGGCUUGGCUACGUUCGGUUCUUGAGGAGUUUGCGCGGUCUCAAGAAGAUGUGGAGACUGAGAAGGAGAGGCAAGAGGGUUUAGUGAAGGCUAAGAGAGAAGAGCUUGAAGCUCAAGAAUCGGAUUUGGUUCGGAUGGAGGAGGAAAUGGCCGAAGCGAGGUUGCGCAUUGAGGAGACGCGGGCUAUGAUGGUCGAGAUGGAGAGGGAACGGUCGAGGAUGGAGAAAAUGGGAUUCAAAAUGGAGAAAUUUAAAGGGAAAUCGUUUAUAGAUGAGCUUCUGUGAGUCUUUUUUUGUGUUGUGUGAUUGUCAUGUUGUUAAUAGUAAGUAGCAGCACAAAAUCGAAGAAGUACUCUAAAUGAGUUUUUAGGCUUUUUAAGUAUUAUGGGAAAGCUCUUUGUCAAAAAAAAAAAAAAAAAAGUAUUAUGGGAAAGCUCUGGUUUUAUUAGGAACUUGUAUUAUGGGAAAGCUCUGGUUGAAGUGUUAUGGGAAAAAAAAGUAUUAUGGGAAAGCUCUGGUUGAAGUGUUUUGUUGCUGCUAAUAUAUAUGUUUGGCUCUCUGAUACAAAAGGUUCUUUCAAUUGUAUUAUUUUUAAGUUUGCUUUUCUUUCGUUUUCUCUAACGGAAUGGUAUAAACCGAC